AUGUUCGGCUUGCUGCUCUUCCCUAAUGUCUUCUGGGCUCUCUGCUUGAACGGCCUGACAUUGGGUGCCAACAUCGCCAUCGGCACGACUUAUGGUGGCAUCGUUACUGCUGCUCCUUACAACUGGGCCCAAGACAGCGCCAGUUACGCCAACUGUGGCCAGAUCGUCACUGCCAUCAUCGCUCUACCUCUUCUCGGACAUGGUUCCGACAGACUUGUCAAGUGGCGUGCUCAGCGCAAUGGUGGCAUUCACGAGCCUGAGAACCGCAUUCUUCCCUUGAUCAUUCCUCUGAUCGUUGGCGUGUUCAGUUGUGUCUUGUACGGCCUUGCUGCUCAGAACCCCACUCACUACCACUGGUUCAUUUACAUCUGGGUCAUUGCAGCCAACAUUGUCGCCAUUACUUACCUACUCGACAGCUAUCCUGCGCGUGCUGGCCCCCUCUUGGUUAUCGUUUGUGCCAUGAGAGGUAUCAUGAGCUUCGGAGUCAGCUAUGGUAUCCAGCCCAUGAUUCAGGCCAAGGGAUACGACGGCGCAUUCGGUAUCUUUGCAGCUCUCACUGCCGCUUUCGGUAUGUUGGGUGUGCCUAUCUUCAUCUGGGGCAAGAACAUCAGAGCCUUGACCGGCAAAUGGGCCAAGGACAAGAACGAGUAG